AGCACGAGGAGCUGUAGAGGAGAGAAACGCAGGAACGCGGUAGAUUUAUUUAGGGGGAAAACUUUUUGUCUUUAACACACGUUUGAUCGUUUGAGUACUGCGUGUUUUUUUUUUUGAUUGGUUUUUCCCUUGUAAACUUUUUGCGCGAUUUGUUUCUACUUUUUAAUUAACUUUUUUAGGUUUGAUAGGUGCUUUAAAAAGUCGGUUGAAUGUAUAACAUGAUGGAAACCGAGUUAAAAAGUCCCCUGCCACCGCAGUCCAAUGCUGGCUCGGGACCGGGCGGAAAGAGCGGCGGCGGGAGCGAUCAAGACCGUGUGAAGCGGCCGAUGAACGCAUUCAUGGUGUGGUCUCGCGGCCAGCGCAGAAAGAUGGCUCAGGAGAACCCCAAGAUGCACAACUCCGAGAUCAGCAAGCGCCUGGGUGCAGACUGGAAGUUGCUCACCGACGCUGAAAAGCGGCCGUUUAUCGACGAGGCGAAACGCCUGCGUGCCAUGCACAUGAAGGAGCACCCGGAUUACAAAUACCGGCCGCGCCGCAAGACCAAGACCCUGCUGAAAAAAGACAAGUAUUCGUUACCCGGCGGUCUCUUGGCUCCCGGCGCGGGCGCAGUAAACAGCGCUGUGUCUAUGGGCCACCAACGCAUGGAUGGCUACGCACACGUGGCCAACGGCUGGACGAACGGCGCAUACUCGCUGGUUCAGGAACAGCUGGCCUACCCUCAGCACCACGGCAUGAGCAGCCCACCACCUUUGCAACAGAUGCAUCGCUACGACAUGACGGCGGGUCUGCAGUACCCAAUGAUGUCUACGGCACAGACCUACAUGAGCGCAGCGUCCACGUACAGCGGCGUCUCAUACGCGCAGCAGAGCCCGGGCGCAGUGGGCCUCGGCUCCGUGGCCUCCGUAUGUAAGACAGAGCCCAGCUCGCCGCCGCCUGCUAUCGCCUCACACUCACAGCGCGCCUGCCUUGGAGACCUGAGGGACAUGAUCAGCAUGUAUCUGCCGCCCGGAGGAGACAGCGCCGAUCACAACACACUGCAGAGCAGCCGCUUACACAGCGUACAUCCACACUACCAGAGCGCGGGGACCGGGGUGAACGGAACACUGCCCCUAACCCACAUUUAACAGACUGACUCGUGCUUUAGGGGUAGUGCAGGAAUAUGGAGCCGACAGCGCGUGACCCUGAAAUACAUCCAAGAGACUUGUGAUUUAGGGGUUGUAGAGAUGAGAUGCUAAAUGGUGCAUUACCCCUAAGCCACAUUUAAGACUCACCUUUUAGGGGUUUUGAGGAAAGGGGUGGGGGUUAAAAAAAAGUACUUCGGAUACUUGAACAUUUAUAAUUUGAAAAAAAAGGGGGAAAAAAAAUCACAAUUCAGUUUUCUAAAAGAUUGAAACUAUUUUAAUCCCAAUGAGUUGCCCGUUUGAGAGUUUAUGACAUAUCACGAACUGGGUUCUAAAUGUUGCUCACGGUUUAGACAUGCAUUGGAAAGGAGCUUUUUUUUAUCAGAAGCUAACGCAAUCAACAUGUGUGCCGGAAAAUCGGACUUCUGACUUCUGACUACUGAAAUGCGGUCAGAUUUCCUCUCUGAAAAAGAUGCACGUGGCUUCACGAAGAGGCUGUUGUAAUUUCAGAAAAAAAAAGAAAAAAGAAACCACUGGAGAAAGAGUAUAUUUGCUCAUUUUAAUGUUUACACUUAAUUUGUAGAUUGUCAGUUUUGUUGGCUGUGUCCACAUGUGUAUUCUGUUUCUGUUUCCCCCCCCCUGUAUUAGUUUUACACUGAAAUGAAAUAACUGUGCUGGUCGCGAGCGCAAAGUUUGUUUUAUUUAUAGUACUAUUUUUAAGUUUGUGAUCCAUAGUCUUUAUGUCUUGUUCACUUUUCGUUUCAGUUUGUUUAUGUGAAGCUUCUCUUCUGUGAUGAUUUUACAGUAUCAGUCGAACCCAUUUUUGUGGGACGGAGAGUUUUAUUUAAAAUGGCGUUUAUGCUUAUUUUAAGA